CGAGCCCAUACGGACAAAAAUCCCGCCGUUAGCACAGCCGCCGGUCGCGUGGUGCUUUCUACCGGGUUGUUUUGGGACAUGUAGUUAGCUGAGGACCCCUGUGUGAAGAUCAACCCACCUGAAGACAGCAGGGAUGGCUCUGGAGCAGCUCAGUGAUGUGGUCCAGAGAUGUCAAGCCCUCCCUAAUGACAGCUACACCACCGAGGAUUAUGACGUCUUCACGAUCGCUGGGCGAACCUGCAUCGAGGAGGGAAACAGCGCACAGGUCCUCAGUAUUGUCCUGGAUGAAAAGAAUCAGGACAUAGUGAGAUCUAUGGGUUGGAACCUGCUGCCUCCCCUGAUUCAGGUUCUGCUGAAGAAAGAAGACAAGAACCUUUCUCACUGCCUGGCCGUUUUCAACCACCUGAUAAAGACCUGCAGACCCAAAGAGCUGCUGAUUGGCCUGUUGGAGCAGCUGGAGCAGGAUGACCCUGAAACCAUAGCAGAGAGCCUCCAUCUGCUGUUGAACCCUCUACAGAAAGUUCUGCUGUGCCUGGGCAGCCGCAAGGCGUCGUCGUUGGGCAUGAGCCUGUCCUCUGUGCUGGACCAGGUGGCCAAACUGCCUGUACCUCACACCAAGGAGCAGGAGGAGGAUGACGUCUUCUCGUUUUGUCGCUGCUGCACCGAUCUGACAGACUUUGUCAGACCCUUUGUCCAUGAGGCCAGGCAACACAACCUGAACAGUCAGCCCCAAAAUGAUAACGCAAACAAGAUGGCGGGUGACCAGGACAGGGCUAAAGAGGACGAGCUGCGGACAGAGCUGCUGAAGUUCUGUAUGAAGACUCUGAGUCACCCUCUGUUGGAGGUACAACUCAAGGAUCCGGACACUCUGGCUGUGUCUCCCCUCAGGAAUUUUGCCACCGAGAUUUUGAACACCCUCAGUGCUAUCGGAGAGCCCCUCCCCGGUCUCGUGUUCCAGCCUCUGCUGAGGAGGAAACAGGUUCCAGGCUUUCUGGAGGAGGAGGUGCGUUAUCCUAAAGAGUCUUUGGCCUGCCUGGCUCACCUGGUGUUUGUCCACCACCUGGCCGCAGACACAUUCCCCAGUGUUUUCAGUCCUGUGUUCUCUCUUCGGUGUAAUAUGGAGCACAUUUGCCUCCUCUUGUCCAGAACUGAGGAGUCCAGGAUCCAGAAAGGACUGGAGCUGUAUGAGAAGAGUCUGGUGCGGGCGGAGGAUGGCAGUCUGCCUGCAGAUCUGCUGGAGAUCAAAACCUUCCUCCAAGUCCCUCAGAACUUAGUGAAGGUCAUGACGAUAUGUUCAAGGCAUGAUUUGAGAACCAGAGGAUUAAAGGUGUUCCAGCUGAGCGUUGAUAAGUUUGACACUGAAGCCAAGUACAAUUUUUUCCAGUACAUGCUGAAAACAAGUAAUCACUCAGGGGUCGAAGGCUACGUCAUCAAAAACAUCAAGAAUCAGAUCGACUUUGCCCUGCGGCCAGGUAACAGUAACACCUGGUUCGAGGGAGUUCACCUGCUGCCUUUGCUGCGUAAGGUUCUCACUCUGCCAGACGGCCCAGAGACCGACCUCCUGCAGUACCUGGACAGAGUUAUGGAGUCUCUGAACCUGCUGCGUUAUCUCAUCAUCAGAGACAAAGUGACAGAGAACCAGACAGGAAUCUGGACUGAGUUGUAUAAAAUAGAAGAUGCGUUCAUAAAGCCGCUACGUGUUGGAGUAAACAUGUCGAGAGCUCACUACGAGAGGGAGCUCCACAACACCAUGGAGACCAAGAGGAGCAAGACCAAAGAGGAGUCUGUGCUUUCCGUGUCGGUUGGUGACGAGAAGCUGCCGAACAUGACAUCGGAGUCGCAGAUUCAGGCUCUGCACUCAGCCCUGCACACGUUUGACAUGAUCGAGAGCGUGUUGGUGCGAAUAGAGGAACUCACCGAGGUGAAGGAGACUCUUUAGACGGAGCCCACCAGUUCUGCUGCCAGAGAUCCUCGUCGUCUCAGGACCUAGCAAACAAAAACAAAGCCUUCAACUGUUGGAACUGUUGAUGUGGAUUGUUUAAAGAACAAGCCGCAUCAGUUGUGGAUGCAUUCUUUAAAAUAGUUAACAAAUCAUGCACUGUUCGUGUUGUUUUUUCAUGUUUCCAUGUCUGCUGCGUAAUUUGAAUUAAGUGUAACUUUAAAAUGUCGCAUACAGUGUAAACAUAAAUGACGGCUGUGAAGUUUGUAUUACUUCUGUAAUAAAUUUCAAACUUUUGUACACAGGGAAAA